GUUGAAAGCUAGGGAUGAAUUGUGUUUAGUCAAGAAAAAUAAUAACUUCGCUCAGUUUCUCAGUUACUCAUUUACAUUUCUUCAAGGAAAAGGAGCUCUAAUAUUUUUGUUAAUUUUAUAUCUUUCUAAAAGACUAUCCAAGCAACAGGACGAAACAAAACAGUCCAAAACGUAGCUUUUUUUUGUGUAAAAGAAUUGCACUUGAAGGCCAAUGAUUUAAUUCUUGUGAAUGUUAAAUUGUUUUUAAUUGCGGGUUGCAGACACAAGCAUUUAUUGUUUUUUUUUUUUUGCAUAAUGUUUGGUUUAUGGUGUCAGUAUUUUCCCUUGAUUUUAACUGAAUGUGAUUGAUUUAUUAAUAAAUACUGAUUGGUUAUGACUCCUGUAAAUUUUGACAAUUUCAUAUGGAAACUACGACCGUUUUACUCUCUUUCUGUAGCAUGUAUUUCUACAUGCAUUAUUAGGAUUAUUAAAUAAUAAAACCAUUAAACUACAGUGCGGUAGUCAGGUGAUUUGAUUAUGAAUUUCAGUUGACCUUCUUAUACCUAAUUUAUGAACGUGUCCUCGACGCCGCCGGAUCAGAAAAAAUAGUAUAAUUAUCUAGAAUAUACAUAAACUGUUUACAGCGUCAUAAUCAUGGCCGAAAAUAAAGAUAAACAAAGUGAUAAAGAUAAGGAAAAGGAAAAGGGUCAAGAACAAGAAAAAGUAAAGGAUAAAAGCAUAGAAAAAAAUGUUUUUAUGCAUUUUGCUGAUGCUGUUGCUCGUAGAUCCCGUGAAAAAAUUCAUCAAAAUACAUCGAAUAUGGCUACACCUGGAGGAACAACACCAGCUAUGGUGGCAGCAGCAGCAACUUCAGUCGUUGUGCUAGGUGAUGAAGUACGGUCUACUAUUUACAUGACUAAUUGUGUCAGUUUUCAAAGUGAAAUUCUAACAAUUGAUGUCGAUUCUGGAGAAUUGGAAACAUUUGACAGGCAAAGGAAUCAAGCGCCAUCAUGCACUAAAGAUGCAACGUCAGGAGCACAACGUGUGUAUAAAAAGACAUCCCCGAAUUCCACAAUAACCCUAUACUUGCCAACACGUGAAAUUGUUCUUUCCGGGUCAAACCCAACAAUUUUACGUGGUAUUGUUUUUGUGGACCCACAGACAGUAAAAGGCUUUCGAAUUUAUACCCAGCUAACCUUGACUUUCCGUUAUGGUCGAGAGGACGAAGAAGUAAUGGGGCUGCGAUUCUGUAAUGAGGCCAUAAUGUCCUUACACCAAGUAUGGCCACGAAGCGAAGAUCUCUCAAGAGAAUCACUAAGUCCUUUGCAGGAUGCUCUAAUUAAACGACUAGGGGAGGGUGCUCAUCCCUUUACCCUUAAUUUAUCGCCAAAAGCACCACCGAGUGUUCAACUCGUACCAGCCAAACGAUACUAUGGUGCACCAAUUGGAACCAGCUAUGAUAUUCGUUGUUUUAUCGGUGAUACAACUGGUGAGAAAUUUCAUCGGCGUGCUUCAGUUAGAAUGGGUGUACGUGUCAUUCAUCGCACUGACGUGCACUGUAUAAGUGCUUCUGAAAAUUAUGCAGCUCUUAUUAAUAGCCAAAUAUCUCCACCGAUUUUAAAGGAUCACCUUCUUUCGCCUUUAACACCGCAGUCAGACUCCAACUACACCCAACAGCAAUUAUUAAAACAAACUGCGCCAUCAGAAACAUCACAUUCGAAAACUACAAAUUGGGAAAGCCAAUUUUCGCCACCGAGCCAUUUUUCGGUAACGAAAACCACAUCGAGCUCCGCCAUGACUGGAUGCAAUACGAAGCCACGUAAAUCAGAACAAGGGGAUUCCUUUGCCAAGUUAAGACUAUCGCCAAAAUCAUUUCGGUUUAGUGGUCGUUUCGGUCGGAGUAAGAGUGAAAUUGAUAAAUGCCCCAACGAUUCGUUUUUCAACUACAGCAAAUCAUUCCAGGAGUACGAACGAGGAGGCCCACAAGCAGCAGUGGAUAAGCCAUUUCUCUUACAAGAGGGCCGUGUUAGUCUACGAGCGAGUUUGGAUAAGGCAUGGUAUACCCACGGAGAAAAUGUCAUUGUUAACGUCAAUAUUCACAAUGAUAGUAGAAAAACAGUGCGAAAAAUUAGGGUUUGUGCUAUUCAACACGUUGAUGUUUGCAUGUUUAACAAUGGAAAAUUUAAAAACAUCGUUGCUGAUUCGGAUAAUAAUUCUAAUCAUGACAGGACCGUUAAUCCCGGAGCAACUCUUUCUGCAACAUUCAUUUUAAGACCACAAAGAGGGCCAACAAAGAACUGGAUUGCAUUAGAAGAUACUUUGCAGCGAAGUACAGAACCGGAAGAAAUCACUGGUGAAAUAGCUGCUUCUGCUAUCCGCUCACCUACUCUUGUACCACUCCCUGGCAUUAUAGCCUCCAAUCCAGAAGACCGAAAUGUAUUUGCAAUUUAUGUUUCUUAUUAUGUCAAGGUGAAGCUGACUUUGAGUGGCAUAGGUGGAGAGCUGUCUUUAAAACUGCCGUUUGUUUUAGUUCAUGUUGAAGACUACCAUCAAAAUCCAGUAAUUGAAAAUCAAAAGUUAGUGACUCAUGAAGUACACCAAGAAGUAGUACCUAGUCUUGAAAGAAUUGGAUUGAUUGAAGAUGAAUUAAACAUUUCGAUACCUGAAAUAUUGUCAGAGACACCCAACCUUUUCAAUUCCAAGCGGAAACUUUUACGAAGUGAGACUAUCGCCAAAGACUUAUCAGACGACGAUGACGAUGGAACGGAAAAGGACGAAGAUACACAAGUGGCUGCAGAAAAAUUGGACUGUAAUAAUGAUAUUGUAAUCUUGACAGAUGCUGUCCAUCGAGUUGAUCUUCCUGAUGAAGAUAAUUCAACCAUUGACAAAGAAAAGGAAGGACAAAAACCAAGCCAUCGGCAAAUUGUAUAUGGACAAGUACACUCUGAUGUGUCAUUUUAAUUAAAGGAUCAGAAUGGUUCGGAUGAUUACAUACUUAUUUCUUACUCAAUAAAGUCAGAAACAGAUAUUGAUCUAAGAAUACAUAUGUACAUAAUAUGUAUUGUAUGCUUAUACAAAUGAUGGCUUGUUUUAUAAUACGGUUUGAGGUUUCCUUUUUAAGAAGAAUAUGCUCAAUUGCAUAUUCAUAAUUUGUAUUUUUAUCGUUGAAAGAAAGACAUGCGCGGAAUUGCAAAAUACAAAAAUUUAUUUCAUUGUUGUUACGAAAAGCAUUUAUGCAUUAAUUGCAAUAAUCGUUAACUUAAGUUGUUGACCAAAUAAAUGACAUUUUAAUAAACAA